AUGUCUGGAGAUGAUUUGGUUGUCACAGCUGAACUAGAUGCUACUGGCGUUCCCGUGGGUAGAGGACAGAAUGAGAAAUGCCAUGGUCAUACCUUUGUCUCCCACCUACCCUUUUCCCUCCUGUGCACAGAUGCAGACUAUAAUGAGGAAAAGAAACUCUUAAACGGCAUGCUUCCCAAGAGCCAAGUGACAGAUCCACUUGCCAAAGAAGGGCCUAGUUCUCCAAGCUAUGACUGGUUCCAAACAGACGCUUUAGUCACCAUUGUCAUAUAUACUAAACAGAAAGAUAUCAGUUUAGACUCAGUAACAGCUGAUCAUUGGGAUGAUUCCUUUAGAGCAGAAACAGUUAUCAAGGAUUAUUCAUAUCUUAUACAUAUUGCCCUAAGUCAUGAGAUUCAGGAAGAUUUUUCUGUGCGAGUUGUUGAGAAUGUGGGAAAAAUAGAGAUUGUCCUGAAGAAAAAAGAGAAUACUUCUUGGAAAUGCCUUGGUCAUCCCCUGGAGAAUCAUAAUUCACUUAUUCCAAAGAAAGAUACAGGUUUGUACUACAGAAAGUGCCAGUUAAUUUCCAAGGAAGAUGUGACUCAUGAUACGAAGCUUUUCUGCUUGAUGCUGCCACCAAGCAUACAUCUUCAGGUGCCAACGGGGCAACAUGUUUACUUCAAGCUAACUAUUACAGGUACUGAAAUUGUGAAGCCAUAUACACCUGUAUCUGAUCCCUUAUUCUCAGAGCUCAAGGAACCAGUUCUUCCCAACAAUAAAUACAUCUACUUUUUGAUCAAAAUCUACCCUGCUGGACUCUUCACGCCAGAGCUUGAUCAUCUUCAGAUUGGAGAUUAUGUUUCUGUAAGCAAUCCCAAGGGCAAUUUUAAAAUAUCCCAGUUCCAAGAAUUGGAAGAUCUCUUUUUAUUGACAGCGGGAACAGACUUCACACCAAUGGUUAAAGUACUGAGUUAUGCUUUGACUAAUAUACCCAGUCUCAGGAAAGUGAAGCUGAUGUUCUUCAAUAAAACAGAGGAUGACAUAAUUUGGAGAAGCCAAUUGGAGAAAUUAUCAUUUAAGGAUAAAAGAUUUGACCUUGAAUUUGUUCUCUCAGCACCUACUUCUGAAUGGAACGGCAAACGGGGAUACAUUUCACCAGCUCUGCUUUCUGAAUUUUUGAAAAGAAGUUUAAACACAUCCAAAGUCCUCAUCUGCAUUUGUGGGCCAAUGCCAUUUACAGAACAAGGAAUGAAGUUGCUGCAUGAUUUGAACUUUUCCAAAGAUGAGAUCCAUAGUUUUACAGCAUAAUGAAGAGCUGUCAUUC